AUGAGCAGCGCAAAAAUAGAGGCAAGUGGGCUUCCAGAAGAUGAUAAUCCUACGGGUCAUGGAGGCCCACGAAGGAAGAUAAGGGCAGGACACGGUAGUGGUCUCGGACAGCCACCAAUUCAUCCGGGUCCAACGUAUCCAGGUCCAACGUAUCCGGGUCCAACAUAUCCAGGUCCAACAUAUCCGGGUCCAACAUAUCCGGGUCCAACAUAUCCGGGUCCAAUAUACCCGGGUCCAAUAUAUCCGAGUCCAAGAAAUAAUUCACAAUAUAAUGAACAAGGUGAAGAUAAUAAUAUAUUGAGAAUUGCAGGUGAUGAAGAUGGACGAAAAGAUGGAUCAAGAAAUUAUGGACCAUCUGAGGAGGAAAUUUUAAGAGUGCCUAGUGCAAGGGAAAGCUUCGCAGCUUGUGAAGAAGUACCGGUACUAGGAUUACCACCAUUUGGAGUAGGUUGUUUAUUCGCAGGGGGUGAUGCGGGUGCAGGUUCUGAUGUUCCUGCAGGUGUCCCGUCAUUCGGACUUGAAGGGGCGCCAGGCAAUGGAACUCCAGCAGUCACUUUAAAUGUACCAGAAAAUUUUUCACCACUACCAUCAUUGAUAACAAAUAUAUACUCUCCUGGAGGAACGCUCACUUCCCAUUGUUUACUUAAUGCGUUAAGAUCUAGUGCGUUAUCUAUCACGGUAUCUUCAUUUGUUUGUUUAUUACGUACACUUAAAAUGGCUGCCAUUGCGGGCGCAGCUCCUGAUAAUGACCAAGUAAUUUUAGCAAUAGCUUUCGUGAAAAGGUUUCCAGUUGGUGUAUUGACCAUAACCUCUGUUUUUAGAAUGAUAUUCGUUAAAAAUUAUGUUUUGCGAGAAGAAAAACGUAGACUGUGA